UUGCUUCCGCCCAGCCUUAGGACGAACUGGCUUCUUUUACACGUGUGUCGUUGUGAUGCCCCUGCGCUGGAAACUUGCUGUAUUUGUAAAAUAAUUUUUAAGGGUUUUUUUUAAUCGAAAGCGCAAUGGGUGACGUAGAAGAGUCCGCAGUGGCGCAGAAUCAGCUUGAAUCGGUGCUUAGUGACUUAUAUGACUUUGGUGAUGAUCUUGGAUCCCGCGGGAAGAAGAAAAGAAAAACUGUGCCUGAAAGUCAAACAGGACAAGCUUUGCCAAAGGCAGAUGGUGUUGAAACUGUCGGUGACUCUGUGGAAGAUCGUUUACUCUCUACACCGUCAUCUAAAGGCAAAAAGAAGAGUGCGUCCCUGUUUUUUAAAGCCCUUAAGGAUGAACUGAGCGGCCAGUCUAAAGUUGCGGAUCCGUUACCUAUGCAAUCUCAUAAUGGACCUGUCAGUGAGCAAGAAGAUGGUGUUGAAGUUGUGAUCUUCAAUAGCCGAAGAAAUAAGAAGAAAACUAAAACAGAAGCAGAGCAGCAGAAUGUUUCUGAGGAGAACUUGGAGGAUAGAGGAGAAAGCCAGCAAAUGUUUAAUUUUGAAAAGGCGCGUUUGGAAGUUCACAAGUUUGGGAUCACUGGAUACAAGAAGGAAAAGCAAAGAACGUUUGAAAAAGAAAGAGCAAUUAUGUUGGGAGCUAAGCCACCAAAAAGGGAAUAUUUAAAUUACAAAGUGUACCAAGAGAAGAUCAAAGAGAAAAGAGCAGCAAAGCAAGAAGAGAGCAUGAAGGAAAAGGGAUUGGAGUCUAAGAAAAGACACAGACAAGGCCAAGGAGAGAGGAAGUCUAAAAAACACAGACAGCCAGGAGGAAUCGUUCCAACUGGCCAUGUCGGGAAGUUUAAAAAUGGUGCAUUGAUUUUAAGCGGCAAAGAUAUAAAGAUGAUUAAGCAAUCCAAGGUCAUAAAGUAACGUUUAGCACGUGGCGACCCACCUCCACAGGAACAAUUUUAUCACGUGCCGUAUGGUAUGUAGACUUAGUGAUGGUCUUGGUACAGUUGUUGGGCUACCGUGCAUAGCUAAAAGCUGCUGUGUUAUCAGUACAAGGACCGUAAACCAUCUGACUGACCAAGCUGGAAGUCAUUUCAAGAAAAGAAAAGGAUCCAUUGGAGGAUGCAAACCUCAAAUUGGGCUGUAGAUUUUUGGACCUCCGCUGUCUGAUACCUGACUUUUUAAUCCAGUCUAUUACAACCAGAUGCAUAAAUAAAAACUGUGACAAAA